CGCUCGACCACCCACGCUCUAACCCAACGCAACCCAUCGAAUCUUUACACAACGCAAUACUUAUUUCUUGACUGUAUACUGUCCGCUUUGAACUGCUCAUAUUCAUAAUAUUUAUUCCGCUCGGCUCUCUUGGUUCAUUCGUCUGCGAUAUCGUCGCUAUCUCCACUUUCUCCCUAUACCUCAUCGCUCCGUUUAAUGCCAUCUCGCAGCGCUCGCAAUGCCAAAUAUCUUCAACAAGAACGAGAACAGCAACAGAACUCUGACAACAGCGACAAUCCGAAUUCUAACAUCCUGGCUAAUUUACCAUCGGACCUUUCAUUCGACGAUACACCACCAUCACCACCGCGCACUAUGUCACUCGACUUCGACGAUCCGCCAGGACAGUCGACGAACAUGUUUGAGCCUACGUCACACGCUCUCGAACGUGUAGAGGACGCGAUGGAGUUUGGGAGCGGUAUGGGUACAGGCUUUGGUAGUGGCGCAGAGGAGGGUACGGCAGCCGUUCCGAGUGGAGUGGAGGAGAUACAGGGUGGUGUUCCAUUGCCUUUGACUUCUACUCGCACAACCCGCAAGAAACGUCCGAAGAAAUCUCACUCUCAAACUCACGACAUGCACCUCUCCGCCACUGUCGCAUCAGUAGCCGAGAGCUCGCUCGCCACACCACCCGCAACCGACCUUGGAACACCCUCUCCUUCGCCUGGCCCCCCUGACGUCGAUUCUGCUCGCUCGUCUCCUUACUCGCAUGGGUCAUCGUUUCCCCCGUCGUCUAGACCGCCUUCGAUCCCAUCUUCGUCCCUUCCUCCGUCUGCGGUAACAUCUCCUCGAUCAACAACCCAGCUCGGUCUCCCAUCUGCACAUCCUCCUGCACCGGAGAUGAUUAGUCCCCAGAGCUAUCCGUACGCGAGGACUUCGUGUGACGACGCGACUGACUCGCAACCACAACGGUCCCAGCCGUCAUCGAGGAGCGGAAGUAUGCGAAACGGCGGUAGGGGUGGUGGAGGUGGAGGAGUACAGCAGCAGAGGGAGAGGUCACUGUCGACAUUCGAGGAGGAAUUUAGAGCCGCUUUCGAUUCGUCCCCUUCUCCCUCGCCUGCGCCAGCGCGAGCUCCCGCUUCGGAAACGAAACCUCCUAGAACAGCUCGUCACGUCAAGCAACAUCGUUCGACUCGCGCUAUCGAGCCUCAGCCUCAGUCGGGAUCGGAACCUGUACCCGAACCCGAAUCGACUUUCAACUUCGCCUUCGACCAGGAUCCUACACCGACGCUUGCACCUUCCGAGCCGGCGAAGACGAUCCGUUCAUUGCGGCCGCCUCGUUUGCCUCCAGCCGUGCAACCAGCAGGGCUUUCGCCCAUAUCUGCGCCCUCGAUAUUGGAGGAGAGGACUAGAAGGACGAGAGGUUCGAUCGCUCAGGGCGACGAGUAUGGGUAUGGAUUGAUGGCGAACGUCGAGAACUACGGCAGAGGAGACUAUGGAGACGGGAGGUACGGAGUUGGUGCAGGUAGAAGAGAGGAACCGGUGGAGGACGAAGAGAUGGGGCAUGUUCGGGCGCCGGUUUUGGCCAGGCACCACACGCGGCUUGAAUCCCUUACUCGCACCGUGAAGACCUACGUUCCCUCCUCCAUCCCGUCUCUUCCUACCGGACUUCCCUCUCUCCCCAGCAACCUCCCUUCACUCCCUUCUAACCUGCCAUCACUUCCAACAUCAAUGGGCGGCUUGGGCAUCUCCAUUCCUUCCGCGGUCCCUUCGCCUCCGAGGGUUUCGAGGCCUGGCGCAUUCGGAAGUAUGACUUCGCCUUCGAGCGCAGGGACGAAUCAACAGCAGCAGCAGUACGGCCAGCCAGCGUCACAGGGAUGGAAUGUUGGAAUGGGAGGGUCUGGUGGAGACGGCGAAGUGUUCGGGUUGGACGAGGACGAUGCACGUGCGGUUGGCGAUGGGCACGAAGAGAUGAGGAGAGGGGUAGGCUACCCCGGUGCCCACGUUCUUCGGGACGAGAACGUUGUGGAUGGGGGGAGGGUCUUGUGGUCUAGAUGGGACGUCUUACCCGCUCCUGCGAAAGGUCAUGGCAAAGCCAGACACCUCCUAUUCGUAGGUUACACCACCGGCCUGCACAUCUGGGAUUGCACAAACCUCGAGCGAGUGCAUGAGGUUUUGAACCUCUCCGCGUCGACCUACAGACAGUCGAGGACGUCCUGGGGUAGGGUGCGCUUCGCUGCCGUGUUGCCUACACCGGCUGGUGGGACUGGGAGUGAAGUGGAGGACGCUUUCGUAGAGAAGAGGCCUUUGAUCGGGGUUGUUGCCCAACGACCACGCGAAGAGCCCGAAUUUAUUGUAUAUUCGCUUUCGAGCCACGAGGUGGUGAACAGGCGGCCCAUUCCCGGCCUUGUAUCAUUUUUGUCCAACGCAAGCUUCAUCAUUAUCAGCACAUCAAACCCAGCAACUCUCAGAAUACUAUCAUCUUGUACACUUUCAUCGUUAUACUUAAUCCCGGCCCCUUCACUUUCACUCAUUCUUUCCACUACACCACGCAUAACAAACAACACGAAUCAAUUCACGACCCCAAGUAGGAGUACGACGAACGCAAACCAACAAUAUCAACAACAUAAGGAUACCAGUGUAUUAUUAAAUCAGACCACCACCGCUCCAUCUCCUUCCUCGAUUCAUAAUCAUCUAGACACGGUUCCCCAACCCGUAUUCGCUCUCUCUGGCCGGCUGCUCGCUUUCGCCUCUCCACCUCCACGUCCCGACUCCCCCGCAUCAACCUCUACCUCCAGGCAACCUCGCGAACGUACUUCUACACGAACUGAUUCGACCGUCGGUUCCGUCGGAGGUAUCGGUGCAGGCGUUCGUGGAAUUGGAGGCAUGUCCCAGGCUGAAUUGGGCAACGCGGCAUUGAAGGUUGGCGGGACGGUCCUCAGUGGGCUGUGGAGUGCGGGGAGGGGUGCGUAUUCCGCUGCGAGGACAAAGAUGGCGGGUGAAGGUGGGGCGUCGUCCCCGACGACGCCUACGUCGGUGGAUCCAAGAGUUCAGGCAGCUGGAGGUGGAUUAGCGGGGAUGUGGUUUUCGAAGAGUGCGCCAGCAGCAAGUCAGAGGGCUUACGCAGCCGAUGGGGGUAGGGUCGUUAGUUUGAACGAGGAAGCGACCGCAAGAGCGAGGGAGGAGGGCAUGGAACCGAUGAUGAGUACUUCCUCGGUUUCGGACAAGCCGGCUGGAUCGUUCGUCACCAUCGUCGAUCUGCAGCCUCUAUUGACAUUGGGAGGCAAUGACGAUACCGAGACCAAGCCGGAGACGUUGGCCGAGUUUCUGGCACUCAAGAGACAGGCAGUCUCCGGCUUGAAGUUCUCGGAGGAUGGCGCGAAUAUCGUGGUUGUACCGGAGGAUGGACAAGUCGGAAGAAUGUUUGCGGUUCGGCCGAGGUCGAGGGCACUGAGGAGGUUGAAGAGGGGGGGCGCUCAGGCAGUUGGUGCAGGCAGCGAGGACGAAGCUGUGAAGGACGAUGGUGCACCAUGGCAUAUGUAUGACCUGCGAAGAGGCCGAACGAAUGCGAUCAUCGACGGGAUUGAUAUUUCGUCCGAUGGUAGAUGGGUGGCGAUGGGUUCAAGAAAGAGGACGAUCCACGUCUUCGCGACGAACCCAUACGGUGGCAAGGCUGAUGAGUAUUCGCAUACGGGCGGUAGGGUUGUCAACUGCAAGGAACUUCCGUUAUCAACGAGCUUGUCCCCCAUCGUUCGGUUACGUGCCACAGCCCCCCCAUCAUCGACGAAUGAGCAGCUUCCACCAUCGCUAUCGUUCGCAUUCCUAAAUCCUGCCCUAGACACAGUCCCUCAACAACUCCUUCCACCCGCGUCAAUAUCCACUCCAACCUCUUCGGCCCCAAGUUCAAUCAGUUCAUCGCCAUCACGAGGGCUGGAGCCGAUUUCCCCGACCCAGCGCCUUCGCCGGCCGACAAACUACCAGGAUAUACUCGUCUUCGACGAAGCCGACAGCACGCUCUCACUUCGUCGUUUCUUCGUUGAUCCCAAGGCAGUCGAGCAGAACCUCAAAGUCCCAGGCUCCGUUCCCGGUUUCGGCGGAACUUCGAUAUCUUUGCCAAGCAGAUCUUCGCUUGGAUGGAUGUCAGGAGCUGGAACGUCUCCUCAACCUACAGGACAAGCAGGUCGCAUAGUGAGUAGUGGAGGCAGUGCUGGCCCUAGUAGCUCCGCAUUAUCGGUAAUGAUGGAGAAAGGGAGGGAGAUCGCGGGUAGGGAGGUGGAUGUUGCUUCUUGGAACCUGAAGAGGGGAGAGAAUUGGCCAGAGGUUAGGAAGGCCGUGAGGAAUGCUCAGGGGGACGUGAAGCCGAUCGCAUCGAACAACUGGUUGGCCCAUGCCGAGCUACAGACUUGCUCCCAUCUGCCUCUCGUGCUCCCUCGACCAAUCUAUCUCAACCACCAGUUCUCCUUCCACACUCUAGGCGAUGAUUACCACGCACUUAUACGUCGCUAUCAUUUCGACUUCCACGCUACCCGCAUUGAAGUCCGAAAGGAAGUUCAGAUCAGCGCGUACACCGCCGGGGGCAACGGCGAGUCGUUCAUCGACGACUCCCAAGCUGGCCUUCAACACCUCGGCCGUUCUUCAUCCUUCGACGAGCCGCUCUCUUCUGCAAUUUCAAGCGACCUUUCGCACCUCAUGGCUUCAUCGCCACCCGUCAUCCCUAUGUUCCCGAAUGGCGGCGUCGGGUCGAAUUCGUUCAGGAAUUCGUUACCUGUGAACAGGAUGGCGGCAGGUCUGAGUGAAGGUGUCAGCGAAGGUUUGGGAAGAUUGCGGCGCGAGAUCGGGAGGGUUCGGUCGCCGAGAAUGAGCGCGAGCGGGGGUUCGAGGCCCGACAGUCGUGGUCUGAUCGGAAGCGUUGGGACGAGCUAUGGCGAGGACGACGCGAGGGCGGUGGCGCUUGAGUUCGACGAAGAGGACGAGGACUUCAUGUUGGCGAGGGACCCGUCGUCUGCUACGCAGGACGACGACGAGUCACAGUCUGCUCCAUCGAUUUCGACACCGUCAUCUACUGGAAUCGUUGGACGUCCUGCAGCGAAGGGCCAUGAUGAUGAGCAUGGUGAUACCGGAAGGGACGACGAUGGGACGUGGAUGGAAUGGGACGAAGAGGAUCAGAGGGUGCUUGAGGAUGCGGAGCAGUUCCAGGAGAUAUCCGUGGUUGGGUUCAUGGAUGAGGAGCAGGAGCAGCAGUCUCAGGCGAAGACGAAUGCGAAGGGUAGGAGUAGGAAGGUCAGGGGAAGGAUGGCGUAGGUGUAGAGGAGUAAGUGUUCGUGUGGCGCGGUGGCGCUUGGAUAUCGAUAACAGUUACCAAACAUUCUUCGACCUCACUGAAUUCACUCUUUUGUUCAGCAACGGACUCCCGCCUCUCUUCUCACAGAGCGUGGUACAUACGUUUAGUUCUGAUUCACUUCGUGAACACCUGGACUACUGCGUACAUACACGCUUCACGAGCAGAGCUUCUGGCUUGUCACUUGUGUAAGAUAAAUACUUCAUAGUACUUAUGUAGUAGCGGUACUUCUUGUUACUCCGCGGUGAAGAAUGGAAGUAUAUUUGAGGAUCAGU